GAAACAAAAAAAACAUUAAAGCAAAAGGGAAAGAAAGCAAAGAACAAAAAGAUGAAGUGCAAAAAAAGCAAGGAAGCAAAAAGCAAAAGAAAAUGCAAAAAGCAAACAAAGCAAAAGACAAACAAAGCAAAGCACAAAAAGCAAACAAAGCAAAAA